UCCCGUCUUCCAAACUUGAAGGCCAAGAUCACGGAGUGAUAAUAACCGAUGCCAAGGGGACCUGGAGAACGGCUGGAUGACAGCGGCGCACGUCGCUCGCUUAUUUAAUUUGGAAUAGCCAGCUAAUUGUUGGGCCAGUGGAUUAGGCAAGGUCAGGCGCGUAGUCUCAUUCCUCCUAAUAUCUUGAGGCUCCCGGAGGAAUGCGGGGCGGUACCCUGCAGGCUAAUAGAAUCAGCGUAUUAAACAAAGUAGAACGAAGCGGGGAAUCGUAGGACUUCGGAAGCCGUAGGUGUAGCCGACCGGCCCUCCGGAUCCUCCUCGUCAACCUCCAGUCGCUUCAUCACGCCAACGGACCUUGGUCAUCCGCGCGUGGUGCCGUUUCGCUAACGGGCAGCGAUAUCUUCUUGGCUCCCCGUCACUUCCGCCGAUUCGUUAUCCAUCCUCUUGCGAAAAGGGAGAUUACCACCAUUUCCCGAAGUUCAAUUUUCCUGAAUAGACUCGGACACGAUUUAACCGUAAAGAGUAACUUCCCCACUGCGGUGUACCACUAGUGCCAGCGACACCGACUACGGUUGCUGAUAUGUCCGAGGAGGACGCCGAACAAUCGUCCCCGAAGGACGAGGACACGCAGGACGACGGGCGAUGCACGAAGAUCAGAGACGAAGGACGUACGCAAUGGCGUGAAAAAUUAUUCAGAUCGAGCGAGGAUGAGAGUACAAAAAUUUUGCCUAGAAUCUUCCGCGAACGUACCAUUCGUCCAAACUUGACAUUAAACCAACUACUCGAAUCGUCAGACUGGUACAGAAAUGACGAAACAUCCGCAAUGGAAUGGAAGUUGAACCGAAACCGGUUCGCUGAUGCAACGAAAAUUUCCAGAUCAAGAUCAUUUACAAUUUACGAAAAUGUCAUACCGUUGCCGAUGUAUCACUCAAGGACUGUUCGUCGACGGUGUAAUGUGAAAUUCGGCGUCAAACUCGACGGCACUUUUCGCGCGACAAAAGUCCUCCUCUACGCGGACGGUGACUUCACCGUCCACAUCCUGCAACAGAACGGCAAUACUAUUCUCAACGAAAUGGUGAUAGACAGUAGUGGCGCGUGACGAUGGGCAAACCUCGUGCACCCGGAGUGCCUCCCACCUCUCGUCCACCUCACCUGGUUUUCCUUGAUCUGCCUACAGUCGAAACCUUGCGCGAUGUAACAGUCCGCAGGUAAAAGUUUGGCAAGUUAGUAUCGCGGGUCAGUCGUCGUUCCGAUCGAAUCGGCGGAAAAAUCGCUCUCCCGUCGAUCGUCGAUCCGAAUCGAUCUCCUCGAGUAGUCUUCAUCCGCGCAAGUGAAACACCUCUACCCACCUCGAAAGUGAAUCAAAGACCUUCCACCGCACUCGUCUUUUCGCCUCACAUCGACCAGAUGAUAAUCCCGCCCUCUUCCUGGCUCGAUUACGUCGCUAAUCUCGAUCGGCCUCCCGCACCUGCUCGACGACGUAGACUUUUCCCUCGAGCCGGUCGCGAUCCUCAGCGUCAGGAUCACAAAGCGGACAUGGUCCCCGCCCUGGACUGGCCGCAAUCUCUGUCGGGGUGCGAAGUGCUCGAGAGGCAAGCGCCGAUCAACAGCGUUCG